AAUUUUCCCGUCCAACUUCAAAUCCCACGAAACAUAAGAAGAACCCUCGCAGCCUCUCUCUCCCUUUAAUUUCCAAACAAGUUUCCCAUUAUAGUAUUUUUAUAGAUACUUUUAAAUGCCUGAGCGAAGUCUGAGACGUCGAGCUCCGGCGACGGGUGGCCGGAGGAGCAGGCCGCCGAACCCGUCUCCGUCACCGCGGAAGAGGAGCCCGCCUCCCCCGAGAUCGGCCAAGCAGGCUUCGAAGCCCAUAAAGAUUUUGAAGCGGACCUUUUCGGAGCCGAUGCUUUUGGGUAGUAGUGUCGGUUCUAGCUACAGCAUCAGCGACGACGAUCGGAGUUUGAGGUCGGAGGGUGGUGGUGGGGUUUUUUUUAGGCCUCAGACGUGCGUGGACGUGUUUGCUUCGUCGCCUUCGCUGUUGGGUUUCUCUCCGCUAACGCCGAGCCACGAGGGAUAUAAGAAAGAUGCAAAGGUGGUGGUUAAGGUGACAGUUGAAGGAAGUCCAGGACCAGUCCGGACCUUGGUUAAAUUGGGGGCCAGUGUGGAGGAAACCAUUAAGCUUGUUGUAGACCGAUAUAGCGAAGAAAGGCGGACUCCUAAGCUUGACAGGGACGUAACGCCAUUGUUUGAGUUGCAUCACUCCUAUUUCAGUCUUCAGAGUUUGGAUAAGUCAGAAUUAAUUGGGGAUGUUGGUAGCAGAAACUUUUAUCUUCGAAAGAGUGGCAGCGGUCGUAGUAGUGAUGGAGCUUCUCCUUACGCUUCAGAAAUCGUUCCGGCGAGAGAAAGCUCUCCGCCACCGAUUCCGCCACCUGCUUUUUUACUCCCAACAUUCAUCGCCCGAAAGAUCAGUAAAAUUGUUAGAAGAACCCGUAAGCUUUGGAAACUCUUGUUUUGCAUGCAAUGAGGAUGACCAAACCCCAUAUCCAUUGUCUGAGUAACACAACUUAUUAUUUAUGUUACUCUUAACAACAGACGAUUUUUUUUUGUCUGAUUUGUUCCCCUUUUCCUCAAAUGGAAAUUCCCUUUUCUUUCAUGAAAUGUACAGAAUACCAAAUAGAACCCUCAUUGGCUUCCUCAAUCAUUUGCUAUGUAAGUUGCUGUAAAUAUACCCCUAUCGAAAGUUCAAAUCACAAAAUGAAUAUUCAGUUGUUCAA